AUGACUGUGAAGACGCCACCGACGCAGCACCGGUCGUCGGCGACUCGGCUGGCCGGAAAGGACAUCGCAGGCGCCACGCGCGUAGUGGCCAAGAGCGACCUCGAGCAGAUCAAGCAGCGCGCCGUGAUCCUCACGGAUGCGGCUGCCAGGCAGUUGAAGCAGGAGCGCGAGGCGCAGCAGGCGGCCACGAGACACGAGUCGCAAGAGCGCAAGCGCCGGAUGAUGGAGAAGGAGAUCGCAGUGCGCGCGAGGCGGGAGCAGUCGGCCAUGGAGCUGGAGCUCGAGGCCGACCGCAAGGCCCUGCUCACAGGCAACGAAGUGGCCAACAACCAGCACCUCGAGUCGCUGCGGAAGAUCAACUCGUUGGCCAUGGCGGCCACGGGCUACCAACUCUGCGACGCUCUGAGGGAGCACCAGCAAGAGCGACAGAUGAUCGAGGCUCGGUACAACAACAUCCACGACAGCAUCAUGGAGCGCGAGCGGCGUCGCGACAUCCAGAAGCGCAAGGACGCAGAGGUGGAGGCCCACGCCAAGCGGAUGGAGGCGCGAAAAAUUCUGGAGGAGCAGAUCGCUGAUCGAAACAAGAAGGCUAUUCGGGAGGAAGAGGCCAAGGCCAUUGAGGCACAUAAGAUCCUCAAGACGUACAAGCAGUACGAGCUGGAGGAGCAGAGGAAGAUCGAGCAACAGCGCGAGAAGCAGAAGGAGACGAUGCGGCAAGUGGCGCAGACCAACGACCGCAUCAAACAUAUGAAGGAGGAGAUGGCCGUCCGGGAGAAGAAAGAAGAGUUGGCGGCGGCGGCCUACCUGCGCAAGAAAGCCCUCGAGGAGGAGGCCAAGCUGCAGGAGCAAGCUCGCAUCCGCAAGUCGAAGGAGCUACGAACAGCCAAGCUGCGCGCUCAACAGGAGAAAGCGCAGGACAAGCAGGCGAUUCAGGACGAGUUCCGCGCCAAGAAAGCCUAUGAAGAGACCGAGAAGAACGCGCGCCUCAAGGAGAAGCGCGACAAAGAGAGGAAGAUCGCCAUGAUGCAGUCGAUCCUGCAAGACCGCAAGAAGCAAGAGGCUUUUCACGCAGAGCAGGCUCAGCGGCUGCGGGAUCUGGACGCGAGCAUGGAGUGGAUCGGGCAGAAGCAGGUUGAGCGCGAAUACCAGGACUACAAGGCUGCCGAGGCGGCGGCGAAGGAGCGUGAUUUCAAACACGGAGAUCUGUUACAGCAGCAGAUCGAGGCAAACGAGCAGCGUCGCGUGAAGGCCAAGAUGGUCGAGCAGAACGACGCCAAGUUCCUCAAGAAGAAGACACUGAAAGAGAGCAUUCUAGCUGAAAAGGUGCGGGUCGAUACACUGCAGAGGCUACAGAAGAGAGGAGUGCCGGAGCAAUAUCUUCGAGAACUUAGUCGCAUGAACAUCAACGAGACCAACGCAUAA